CUGAACGUCUCUUGACCUUGUUCUUCCUCGCAGGGGUUAACCUUUUCAUUGUCUUUAUUCCUUUGGCAUGGGUUGCUCACUUUGGAAAUACGCAUGACGAACACGAAAGUGGGGAUGCACAGCGUGUAUGGCCGUAUGGAGUGACGUUCACUUUCUGCUUUCUUGCCAUUGUACCACUAGAAAGACUAUUUGAAUAUGGAGGAGAACAGAUGUCUUUCUACUGCGGAACGGACCUGGGGGAUUUAAUUACCAUCUCUCUGAACAAGUACGUGCUACUACGGUUGGUUGGUCUCUUCAGUUGACCGCAUACCUCUACAGCGCAGUAGAAGCUACCUUGGCCAUUUUACUUAUGACAAAAUGCGAGCUGAAACUCCUUCAGUCGACUAUCAUUGGUGUCGUCGUUCUCCACCUUCUCCUGAUACCUGGCACUUCUUUCGUCGCGGGCGGGGCGCGUGUAUUGGAGCAAGACCUCCAUCCUCACCUCACGCAGCUCAAUCAUACACUACUAGCUAUCGGGGUGCUGUCACUUCUUCUUCCCACAGCAUUCUUUGCGUCAAUUGAGGGCGUGAACUCUGCAAACGUCGUCAAUGAUGAAACGCGCCAUGCAUUCCUUCAAAUGAGCCGCGGACUGGCGAUUAUCCUUCUCCUUGUGUACAUUUGCUCUCGGAUAUUCUUGCACAAUCCUCCUGGGGUCAACAAUGCCAUGAGGUUGCAUCCCAACGCCCCCAAGGAGAUGGAACAACAUGAGCAAGAAUUAGCGGAGGCAGAACCUGAGGUCAGCCAAUGGGUCUGUAUCAUCAUGCUGAUUAUCACAAUUGGUUUGAUGGCUGCCACUGCGGAAUGGCUCGUUGAUAGUAUUGAGUUUGUGAGAGAGGAAUCGAAUAUUGAACAAGAAUGGUUCGGCCUUGUUCUCCUUCCGAUUGUAUCCUUCUCUGCAGAUGGCGCUGUCGCGAUAAUGUUCUUUGUCCGAUACCUUUUCCGUCACUAUUUUGGAAAGCCUGUACCUCCGACCACAGUAGCCAAAGCCCGGGCCAUCGAUCUGUCCAUACAGUUUAUUCUAUUCUGGAUGCCGUUCAUCGUCCUUCUUGCAUGGUGGACGGGCAGACCCUUCUCCCUUCUGUUCGAUACAUUUGAGGUCGCAUUGACGAUCGCAGCAUGUUUCUUGGUGAACUAUGUGACAGCAGAUGCCAAGACAAACUGGGCUGAGGGAUUCGCAAUGGUGUCGUUUUAUGCGAUGAUAGCAUUGGUAUCAUGGUUUUACACCGGACAGCCUGAAAUUCGCGAGUUACUGGCUUGCACAAGCGUGGCGGAGGCUGUUGCCGGUGGCGGCGUCGAAUGAUGAAACAGCAUGCACCCUACUUCACACACCAUCUAAUGCUAAGUAUAUCAUCCACGACUAUAUGAUUCGAAUUUUCAUCUGAGG